GGCCUCUCUCCCUCCCGGAAUUUCGCCGCCAGCGGGGAGAGAGAAAGGCCUGAAGGGAAGCCGGGGAGAGGUCGCGGCCCGCCCGGCCAGAGGAGGAGCCUGAGCGGGAACGAGAGCGGGGCGGCCUGGGCCUCGGCCAGGCCUCGGCCCGUAGCGCCCCUUCCCCACUCCGGCCUCCCCCGGCCCGCCCCCGCCUCGCCCUCCUCUCCGCCCCGCCCCCUCCCUCGGCUCCGCUCGCUCCCUCCCUUCCCCGGGUGCAACAUGGCUGCGGCCGCCUCCGCCUCUCAGGACGAGCUCAAUCAACUUGAGCGAGUCUUCUUACGACUUGGUCAUGCUGAAACAGAUGAGCAGUUACAGAAUAUUAUCUCUAAAUUCCUUCCUCCUGUUUUGCUCAAACUGUCUAGCACACAGGAAGGAGUACGCAAAAAAGUCAUGGAGCUAUUGGUCCACCUGAAUAAACGUAUAAAGAGCCGUCCAAAAAUACAGCUUCCAGUAGAGACUUUAUUGGUUCAGUACCAGGAUCCUGCUGCUGUUUCCUUCGUCACAAAUUUUACUAUAAUUUAUGUUAAGAUGGGCUAUCCUCGCUUACCAGUGGAAAAACAAUGCGAACUUGCCCCUACUCUUCUUACUGCAAUGGAAGGGAAGCCUCAGCCUCAGCAGGAUAGCUUAAUGCAUCUUCUAAUACCAACCCUUUUUCACAUGAAAUACCCUGUUGAACCGUCUAAAGCAGCUUCUCCGUUUAAUCUUGCUGAGAAACCAAAGACUGUACAGCUGCUUUUGGACUUCAUGCUAGAUGUCCUUCUGAUGCCUUAUGGAUAUGUGUUGAAUGAAUCCCAGAGUAGGCAGAAUGUGCCCUCUGCACAGGGCUCCUCUUCCAGUGGUGCUGGAGGCUCCGGGAUUCCACAGCCACCUCCAGGAAUGAGCUUUUAUGCAGCAAAGCGAGUCAUUGGAGACAGUCCGUGGACUCCUGAACAGUUAGAGCAGUGCAAACUGGGUAUAGUGAAAUUCAUAGAGGCUGAGCAGGUGCCAGAACUCGAAGCUGUUAUACACCUAGUGAUUGCUUCUAGUGAUACACGCCAUAGUGUAGCCACUGCAGCUGACUUAGAAUUGAAGAGCAAGCAAAGCUUAAUUGACUGGAAUAACCCUGCAAUCAUUAACAAGAUGUAUAAAGUAUACCUUGGGGAUAUACCACUGAAGACAAAAGAGGGGGCUGUUUUGAAACCAGAACUGAAAAGAGAUCCUGUUAGCACACGGGUUAAGUUAAAGAUUGUUCCUCAUCUUCUGCGAUCUAAACAAGCUGCUGAAACUUUCCCAGCUAACAUUCAGGUGGUGUAUGAUGGACUCUUUGGCGCAAAUACAAAUGCAAAAUUAAGAACAUUAUCCCUGCAGUUUGUCCACCAUAUAUGUAUAAUAUGUCCAGAAAUCAAGAUUAAACCAUUAGGUCCAAUGCUUUUAAAUGGCCUCACUAAACUAAUCAAUGAAUAUAAAGAGGAUCCUAAACUACUGUCGAUGGCAUAUUCAGCUGUUGGAAAACUUUCCAGUCGAAUGCCUCAUUUGUUUACCAAGGACAUUGCUCUUGUACAGCAAUUUUUUGAAGCAUUAUGUAAGGAAGAGCCUGACACUAGGCUUGCCAUUCAAGAGGCUUUAUCUAUGAUGGUUGGAGCAUAUAGUACUUUGGAAGGAGCCCAGCGUACUCUUAUGGAGGCACUGGUAGCUUCGUACUUAAUAAAGCCCGAAGUCCAAGUUCGCCAGGUGGCUGUGAAAUUUGCCAGCACGGUGUUUCCCCCAGAUCACAUACCUUCCAGAUACUUACUUUUACUAGCUGCAGGAGAUCCGCGAGAAGAAGUCCAUGGAGAAGCACAGCGUGUACUAAGAACUCUUCCGGGUAAAAAUGAAAAAGAAAGCACUUCCAAGCAAAUGCCUUCCUUCCCAGAAAUGGUACAUUAUAUUCAAGAGAAGGCUUCACAUCGAAUGAAAACUCCAGCCAAAUAUAUGACAGGAACUGCCGUUCUUCCUUUUAAUCCAGCUACAUUUGGAGAGAUAGUCCUGUAUUUGCGAAUGUGUCUUGCUCACAGUGCAGGUGUGGUUCCCACCUCACAGAGCUUGGCAGAUAUGCAAGACCAUGCCCCAGCAAUUGGUCGUUAUAUAAGAAACCUAAUGUCUGGCAACCAUAUAACAUCAUCAUCUUCUUCUAAAGGCGGGGAAAACAACCCAGUGCAAAUUUAUAUUGGCCUCCUUCAGCAGCUCUUAGCAGGUGUUGGAGGAUUGCCUGUCAUGUAUUGUCUUUUGGAAGCUGUUUCCGUCUAUCCAGAAAGAUUGGCAACCAAAUUUGUAGACAAAACAGACUGGAUAAAGAGUCUAAUGAAUACUAAUAAGGAAGAGAUGCGGGAAUUGGUGGCAUUAUUUUAUUCAGUGGUGGUAUCUACAAUGUCAGGAAAUGAGUUGAAGUCAACUAUACAGCACCUUAUAAAGACUACAAAGGACAAUCAUAGCCCAGAAAUACAGCAUGGAUCCUUGCUUGCUUUGGGAUUCACAGUGGGACGUUAUUUGGCUAAAAAGAAAACCAAAGUGGCAGAGCUGCAAGACACAGAAACUGCAUUUUUGCCAGAACAAGAACAGCUCAUUCAGAGUACAACUGAAACAAUAGGUUCAUUUUUGGACAGCACUUCUCCUCUCCUGGCAAUUGCUGCUUGUACAGCCCUGGGUGAAAUUGGUAGAAAUGGCCCUCUCCCCAUUCCCAAUGAGGGACCCGGCUUUACCAAACUCCAUCUUGUAGAAAGUUUACUCAACAGAAUACCUUCUAGCAAAGAAACGAACAAAAUGAAGGAACGAGCAGUCCAAACACUGGGCUAUUUUCCAGUUGGGGAUGGAAAUUUUCCUCACCAGAAGCUCAUUUUGCAAGGCCUCAUGGAUUCUGUUGAGGCAAAGCAAAUAGAACUUCAGUUUACUGUUGGUGAAGCCAUUACUAGUGCUGCAAUUGGCACGAGUUCAGUGGCUGCACGUGAUGCCUGGCUGGUCACCGAAGAAGAGUAUGCACCACUUGCUGAGGCCAAAGUGAAUGAUGUGGUUCCGUGGGUGUUGGACAUAAUUUUAAAUAAGCACAUUAUCAGCCCUGUCCCUCAUGUGAGACAGGCUGCCUGCAUCUGGCUCCUUUCCCUAGUGAAGAAGCUGAGUACUCAUAAAGAAAUCAAGUCUCAUCUCAAGGAGAUUCAAAGUGCAUUUGUGUCAAUUCUGUCAGAUAAUGAUGAGCUCAGCCAAGGUGCUUCAAAAGGCCUUGGUCUGGUUUAUGAACUGGGCAGUGAACAAGAUCAACAGGAACUGGUGUCCACACUUGUAGAAACAUUGAUGACUGGGAAAAGAACUAAGCAUGAGGUUUCUGGUGAGACUGUGGUAUUCCAGGGGGUAUCCCUUGGCAAAACACCAGAUGGCCAGGGACUGUCUACCUAUAAAGAGCUUUGUUCUCUGGCAAGUGAUCUUAGUCAACCAGAUCUUGUCUAUAAAUUCAUGAAUUUAGCCAACCAUCAUGCCAUGUGGAACUCUAGGAAGGGAGCUGCUUUUGGUUUUAAUGUGAUUGCUACUAAAGCAGGUGAACAGCUGGCUCCUUUCCUGCCUCAACUGGUCCCUCGUCUUUAUCGCUAUCAGUUUGAUCCAAAUCUUGGAAUACGUCAAGCUAUGACAAGUAUUUGGAAUGCACUGGUCGUUGACAAAUCUGUGGUGGAUAAAUAUUUGAAAGAAAUUCUUCAAGAUCUAAUUAAUAGCCUGACUAGCAAUAUGUGGCGAAUUCGAGAAUCCAGCUGUUUAGCUUUGAAUGACUUACUAAGAGGAAGAGCGUUAGAUGAUAUCAUUGAUAAACUUCCAGAAAUAUGGGAAACACUCUUUAGAGUACAAGAUGAUAUUAAGGAAUCUGUACGAAAAGCAGCAGAACUAGCCUUGAAAACUUUAAGCAAGGUUUGUGUGAAAAUGUGUGACCCCUCCAAAGGAACAGCUGGCCAAAGAACCAUUGCUGUCCUUUUGCCCUGCCUUCUUGACAAAGGAAUGAUGAGCACUGUGACUGAAGUUCGAGCCCUCAGCAUUAACACCCUUGUGAAGAUCAGCAAAAGUGCUGGUGCCAUGUUGAAACCACAUGCCCCCAAACUCAUCCCAGCUUUGUUGGAAUCCCUAAGUGUACUGGAGCCACAGGUUCUUAAUUAUUUGAGCCUCCGGGCCACAGACCAGGAAAAGGCUGCAAUGGAUAGUGCUAGACUUAGUGCUGCUAAAUCCUCUCCCAUGAUGGAAACAAUCAACAUGUGCCUGCAAUACCUAGAUGUGUCUGUCUUGGGCGAGCUAGUUCCUAGAUUGUGUGAAUUGAUCAAAAGUGGUGUAGGUCUUGGUACUAAGGGAGGAUGUGCCAAUGUAAUUGUGUCAUUAACUACUCAGUGUCCUCAGGACUUAACACCUUACUCUGGGAAACUCAUGAGUGCGUUGCUCAGUGGUUUGACAGACCGGAAUAACGUGGUACAGAAGUCCUUUGCGUUUGCCAUGGGACAUUUAGUUCGAACUUCACGGGAUAGUAGCACUGAGAAACUGCUACAAAAGCUUAACAGCUGGUACAUGGAAAAAGAAGAACCAAUCUACAAGAGCUCGUGCGCUUUGACCAUUCAUGCCAUUGGGCGCUACAGCCCUGACGUGCUCAAGAGCCAUGCUAAGGAGGUGUUGCCGCUGGCAUUCCUGGGCAUGCAUGAGGCAGCCAGUGAGGACAAGGGAGAGAAGGAUGAAGCCACUCUGUGGACUGAAGUGUGGCAGGAAAAUGUGCCAGGUUCCUUUGGUGGCAUUCGAUUAUACUUGCAGGAGUUGAUUGUUAUUACCCAGAAAGCUUUGCAGUCCCCCUCUUGGAAAAUGAAAGCCCAGGGUGCAGCUGCCAUGGCAUCUAUUGCAAAGCAAACAAGUUCUCUGGUACCACCGUAUCUGGGAAUGAUAAUGAGUGCUUUAUUGCAGGGGUUGGCUGGAAGAACAUGGGCAGGAAAGGAAGAACUGUUAAAAGCCAUUGCUUGUGUUGUAGUAGCCUGUAGUGCCGAGCUGGAAAAGUCAGUGCCUAAUCAGCCCAGUAUAAAUGAGAUUGUUCAGACUGUUUUGAAGGAGUGUCGCAAAGACAACAUCAAAUACAAAAUAGUAGCUGUUAGAUGUAUAGCUGAUAUACUCAAUGCCACUAAAGAAGAUAGAUUCCAGGAACUGUCUGACAUUGUUGUUCCAAUGAUUAAAAAGAAUUCUCAUGAAAGUGUUGGUGCCCGGACAUCAAAAAAUGAAGAGGAUGAUAAUGAAAAGGAAAAGGAGCUUCAGAUGGAAUCUCUGCUUUGUGCCUUUGAGAGCAUAGGCAAAGCUUGGCCUAGAAAUGUGGAGACUCAGUGUUGCUAUCGUCAGGAGUUGUGCAAGCUAAUGUGUGAACGACUGAAACUCAGCACAUGGAAAGUACAACUGGGUGUUCUGAGGUCGAUGAAUGCCUAUUUUCAGGGGUUAAUGAUUUUAGAAAAGGAGCAUGCAGAUUCUGAGGCUUUGACUGAAAUACUGCUUGAGACUUGUUCAUCAAUCACACAUUCUUUAGAAAAUAAAAGCUACACAUCCAUAAGAACAGAAGCUUUGUCUGUGUUAGAGUUGCUGCUUCAAAAACUUGAAGAGUCUAAACAAUGGGAAAGUUUGACACCUGAAUGCAGAGUACUACUCAUUGAGUCAUUAACUACCAUGGAGACUGACAGCAGACCUGAGCUGCAGGAGAAAGCAUCAUCAUUGAAGAAAACACUUGAAAAUCUGGAGUAAAUUAAGAGAAACAAUUCUCCUUCCCUCCAUUAACCAAGUGCCAUGUAAAACAAAAAUUGAAAGAAAAAAUUCAGUGUUUUCUGAAAACCAAGUGGGGAAAGUAAAGGUUAAUCUGUAGCAUGCAUCAUUCCUUGGCCGAAAUAAAAAAAAAUGCCUUAAA